UGAAGGGAGUCGGUGUUUGAUAUUUAGAUCUCUGAAAUCACAUUUCCAGUUGCACUGAGAUUCCAACAAAUCUAUCGAAAUCUCAACUAGUCAGGCAGUUGUUUGAAGCAGAGAGAGAGAGAGAGAGAGAGAGGGUUGGGUUUGGUCGGAAUAUGGAGAAUUUCAGCGCAGAAGAUCUGUCGACGAUCGGAGGUAUCGCAACGGUGUCGCUUUUGCAUUCCUUCAUACCCACGCAUUGGCUCCCUUUCUCGAUCGUCGGCCGCGCCCAGAAAUGGACUCUUUCCCGCACUCUCUUCGUCACGGCAUUUGGAGCAGUUUUGCAUGUAGUAUCUACUUCAAUACUUGGCAUAACAGCGGUCACCAUGGCAAAUACCAUAGCUGGCGAGGAAACUGUUCAUAAACUUGCCUCACUGUUGCUUGUAUUUCUUGGUGGUGGUUACAUUUUGUUGUUUCUAUCUGGAAAAGGUGGUCACAGUCAUUCACACAACCAACCAAUGGAAAAAAUGGCUGUUGCUGGGCUCGUUCUUGUUCCUGCCUUGUCUCCUUGUGCAACCACACUUCCAGUAUUUCUUGCUGUGGGCAAUUCAUCUUCUAUGAUGGUGCUUGCUAUCAUAGUGCUGCUAUUCAGCACCAUAGCAGUGAUGACUUCAUUGGUUGCUCUCUCAUUCUAUGGCGCCAGCCAGCUCAAGUUUCACUGGGUGGAGCGAUAUGACAAACUUCUUGUUGGAUCUGUGCUCUGUUUGGUGGGUAUUUUGACACUUAUUUUUCAUGAUCAUGAUCACGAUGGAGCAGGAGGAUCCACUGGAGAGCAUUUGCAUAGGAAAAUCAUUGUUCUGUGAAGGUUCUUGUCACCUUCCAAUGUGCAUGUUGUACUUACAGAUUAUAGUUGGAGAUUGUUGCUCCCAUAUGUAUUGACCACUACUACAACUGAUCGUUCAGUCCACUUAGCGAGUAUUAAGAAAGUAUUUGUUCAUUGUUUUUUGAAUACUAACUAAUAUAUUUCGCAGUUCGUCCUUUG